AUGAGUGCAGAAGAUUACUCGCAGCAGGACGUCGAAAUAGUGCGUCGCGAUAUUGCGCUCAAAAACCUUCAACUGCGCCAGCUGGCCCGCGUCUUACUGGUUGAUCUUGAAUUUUUGCACUUUUGCGACGUAUUGGAACAGGCGGAAUUGACGCUGUUACACGUGAGCGAAGCAAAGCUAAGCCGAUUCUCCACCGAAAGCUUAACAGAAUACAUUCUGCCACGGUUGGAACUGCAGAUUCGACGGUUGCAGACAUCAAAGUCGCGCUGUUUAUACUGGAUCGCCAGUUACAACGAAUCACAGAAGCAUAUCGAGCCUGAGCUGCAACGGAAAUCCUUUGCGGAGCGGUUAAAGAAAGCGCUCGCACAACUUCAAAAUACGUACGAUAAAUUUCAGAAAAACAUUCUCAGUGAUAUUUGGAAUUUAGGCGACAUAUAUCAAAUCUAUCAGCUUGAGCGUCGGCUAUCAGACACCUACUUCCUGCUGGAAGUCGUACGCAACAACCACCGGAACUGUCUGUACGGAUUGUGGACAACGAACCUCAAACACACGAUCGAACUCAGCUGCGCCCGGUUGCAGUAUAUUACCAACGAACAGUUUGUGCUAUCGCUAAGCAAGUUCAGUGGCUUCUUAGACACCAUGGACAGCUCCGAGAGUGUAAAUUCACUGCACGCGAAGAUCCAGCGAGAGCUCCGAACGUCCCUGAACGACAUCCAGGUGAACGAGGAUGAGCUUUCCUCGUUACGACAGAAACUGUUUACCUCAGCCGAUAGUUUACCGAAACAGCGAGCGAUCGCGAUCGAGCACCACGAACAGCGCGGACUUGGCCUGCAAGAGCAGAUACGCUCGAUCGACUUACUCGAGGAGAACCGGCAAGAGAUCGAAGGCGAAGUGGCACGGUUGAUCGAGCAACGUGAGACUAUCCAGCGCCAGCUGGAACAACGUCGGUUACUGAUCCAGGAAGGGAUGCGCGAAAUCAUGCGCCUCGAACGGUUAAUCGAGCACAUCGAGCGUGACAUCUCUGACCGACAGGUGACGUUCCAGAGAGAUGCCCACCGGCUUGAACAGCAAAGAUUACAAAUUCUGAACGACCCCUCGCUUUCUCCGGAAGAACGCGCACGUUUGGUAGCCGAAAUUGAGGACAAACAGCGGGAACUACGUAGUUCACAUGAGAGUAGCCUGAAUCUGCUGGAAGCUCGCUGUGAUGAUCUGAAACGUCAAACGCGGACCCUCGCUCAGGAUGUCCAGCCGUUUAGCAAUGAAAUGGCCAAGAAGCACCAGGACCGAAUGGCUGAACUCGAGCGUAUGAAGCUGCUGGCUACGUCUCCGUCUGAAUUGGCUCUCAUCGAGGAGCAGAUUCGCCAACAACAGGCUGAGUUUAACGAGAACGUCGCCUUGCUUGGGCGAGCUCAUGGACGCACGGAGUACUACACCGACGAACACGGGCGUUACUAUAUAAAUGAGGCGGGUGAACGCAUCUACAAACGGGACUCCACGGCCUCCGAGUACCGGAUGGGUCCGGAUGGCGAGUGGAUCAAGGUUUCUUCGGCAGUGUCACUUCAACAGGACGAGCAUGGCGUAUUCUACGUGAACAAGUUCGGACAGAAGAUCUACCAGCAGCAGCACUUCACCGAUCCGCAAGGUGAAUACUAUCUCGAUGAAAAUGGUGAACGGGUGUACGUCUCACGGGUUCCUGCCUCGAGUUCGAGUGAGGCUUCGCAUUCACAACCAUUCCAACGUGCGCCACCAUCGAGCAGUACCGAAUCUUCAUCGCAAUCAGAAGAGUCCCCGGUGGAGGAGUCGGAAUCGACGCUGGAACUUCGGAACCGCGUUGCGAACGAUGUUGCUUACAUUCAGAACACACUCGGGAAAGCCCUGGUUAAGGGUUUGGGUGUUAUUGCGCGGACCAAACCGGACGAUCCCAUCGGGUAUCUUUCGGAUUAUCUGGCGUUGUUUCGCAGGAACGGGUUGGAGACCCAACACCGCAAUCAGCUGCUUGAGAGGCUUCGGUUGGAGGAAGGCUUUGAUUGCAGCAAUGGGAGCCAGAUUUGA